AUGGGGAAUGUGUUUGCCAACCUCUUCAAGGGCCUUUUUGGCAAGAAAGAGAUGCGUAUUCUGAUGGUGGGGUUGGACGCGGCAGGUAAAACCACUAUUCUAUACAAGCUGAAGCUAGGAGAAAUUGUCACAACCAUCCCCACAAUAGGUUUUAAUGUUGAAACGGUAGAAUAUAAGAACAUCAGUUUCACGGUGUGGGACGUGGGGGGUCAAGAUAAGAUCCGGCCUCUCUGGCGUCAUUACUUCCAGAACACACAAGGUUUAAUCUUCGUGGUGGACAGCAACGAUCGGGAGCGAGUGAACGAAUCACGGGAAGAGUUGAUGAGGAUGUUGGCGGAAGACGAGCUGCGAGACGCGGUAUUGUUAAUAUUUGCUAACAAACAGGAUCUGCCGAACGCGAUGAAUGCAGCGGAAAUAACCGACAAGCUAGGACUGCACUCCCUCCGUCAUAGAAACUGGUACAUCCAGGCAACUUGUGCAACUAGUGGAGAUGGUCUCUAUGAAGGACUGGAUUGGCUGUCCAAUCAGCUCCGGAACCAGAAAUAA